AUGGCAGCUCGGCAAUCAACACCUGGCUCGGACCACUCUCACUCCGAUAAUGUGCGCAAACGUGUCUGCAAGGCGUGCGACCGCUGUCGUUUGAAGAAAUCCAAGUGUGACGGAGCCAGCCCGUGCUCGCGUUGUCGAGCCGAUAAUGCUGUCUGCGUAUUUGGGGAACGAAAGAAGGCCCACGAUAAAGUGUACCCGAAGGGAUAUGUUGAGAUGCUAGAGCAACAACAAGUCUGGCUGGUUCACGGCCUCCAGGAACUGUACAGACGCACGAUCGAGGGCGAAGGAUGGCCCGGCGAACAUUUGAAGACGGAGCCCAACGGCCACCCGCUCACCCACGAUUUGCUUACUCGUCUCGGCGCCCUCGACCACACCAAGGGAGAGCGGUUCGAAGAUAACCCCGAUUCCAUGCAGCAGGACCUGUGGCGGAACGGCAUGCAGCGCCAGGAUUCCUCCGAUGGGGCCGACAGCCCUCAGAGCCCCGUCGCACGUACACGCUUCUCCUCCGACGCCUUCUCUCAGACUCAGACCCUGCCCCCUACCCCGCCAGCCUACAGCCCCACGACUACAGCCCCCGUCAAGCAGGAGAUGAGUCAUUCGCAAUUCAUGCACAAUGGGAUGCCCAUGCCGGGUGUCGUCAACCCGCUCGCCCUACAGGGAGGACCUCAGCAUUGGCCGAACGGUGGAUUCAGUACGUUCGAUGAUAUGGACAUGAUGAUGUCUAGCUCCGAUUACGCCAAUUUGUCUUUUGAUGAGCCCAUGUCAUCGCCCAUGUUUAAUCGCCAGAUGCCGAUGAACUGUGUGUCCAGUGACUACGACGACUUCAAUCAGUUCUUGAAUCCGAACCCCACGGAAAUUACUUCGAUCUAA